AUGCGAUCCCUUUAUUGCUGCUGGUCGUCCUGCUGUCUGCUCCUCCUUUUCUCCUUGGGAGUCCACGAGGCCCCAGGGGCUCCCAGCGCUGCCCCAGAGCAUGUCCACCUGUCCUACCCAGGAGAGCCGGGUUCCAUGACUGUAACCUGGACCACAUGGGUCCCAGCCCGCUCUGAAGUGCAGUUCGGGAUGCAGUUGUCAGGGCCCCUGCCCCUCCGGGCUCAGGGCACUGCCAGCCCCUUUGUGGAUGGGGGUAUUCUCCGGCGGAAACUCUACAUACACCGAGUCAUGCUGAGAAGGCUGCUGCCGGGGGUCCAGUACGUUUACCGCUGUGGCAGUGCACAGGGCUGGAGCCGACGGUUUCGCUUCAGGGCCCUAAAGAAUGGGGCCCACUGGAGCCCCCGUCUGGCUGUGUUUGGGGAUCUGGGGGCUGACAACCCGAAAGCCCUGCCCCGGCUGCGCAGGGAUACCCAGCAGGGCAUGUACGAUGCUGUUCUCCAUGUGGGAGACUUUGCCUACAACAUGGAUCAGGACAAUGCCCGCGUUGGGGACAAGUUCAUGCAGCUCAUUGAACCUGUGGCUGCCAGCCUGCCAUACAUGACAUGCCCUGGGAAUCAUGAAGAACGCUACAACUUCUCUAACUACAAGGCUCGCUUCAGCAUGCCGGGGGACAGUGAAGGCCUGUGGUACAGCUGGGAUCUGGGUCCGGCCCACAUCAUCUCCUUCUCCACAGAGGUAUAUUUCUUCCUCCAUUACGGCCGCCACCUGGUACAGAGACAGUUUCGCUGGCUGGAGAGUGACCUCCAGAAAGCCAAUAAGAAUCGGGCAGCGCGGCCCUGGAUCAUUACCAUGGGUCACCGGCCCAUGUACUGCUCCAAUGCUGACUUGGAUGACUGUACGAGGCAUGAAAGCAAGGUCCGCAAAGGCCUCCACGGCAAGUUGUAUGGGUUGGAGGAUCUUUUCUACAAAUAUGGAGUGGACCUGCAGCUGUGGGCUCAUGAGCACUCAUACGAACGGCUGUGGCCAAUUUACAACUACCAGGUAUUUAAUGGCAGCCAAGAGAUGCCCUACACCAACCCUCGAGGCCCUGUUCAUAUCAUCACAGGAUCUGCUGGCUGUGAGGAGCGGCUGACCCCCUUUGCUGUCUUCCCACGGCCCUGGAGCGCUGUGCGUGUGAAGGAGUAUGGGUACACGCGGCUACACAUCCUCAAUGGGACCCACGUCCACAUCCAGCAGGUGUCUGAUGACCAGGAUGGGAAGAUUGUGGAUGACGUCUGGGUGGUGAGACCCCUGAUCGGACGGAUGAUGUACCUCUAG